AUGGCACUUACCCCUCCAGCUGAGAAUGAUCAACGAAUUGUCAUACCUGAUGAUCUGAGUGAUGAAAUAAUAGAUGAUGAACUCUUAUCUUCGGAAUUAGAAAACAAAGAAGUAAUUGUUAGUACUCUGUUAGAAGAUCAAAUAUCUUCAUUAAUACCAGAAAGCUAUCGUAUUCCAUCUUAUCAACUGGAUUGGCACUUUAUCGAUAAAAAUACAAUACGUGUAACGUUUCGAUUAUAUUCAUUUCCAAGACAAACGGAUCAAAACAGACUCAUUUCGUCUCCAUCUACCACAAUCAUUAAAACUCGUAAGGGCAAGACGACAACAACAAGCACUACCACAUCUACACCACCUUUAUCAUCAAUUCAUUAUUUAAAAUAUUAUGUGUUCGUUAUCAAACAUUAUAAAACAAUGAAAGAACGUGCUCUAGGUAUAGAACCACUUGUCAUUGUACCAAAAAAUCAAUCUAUAAAACAAAGUGAAUUCAUAUUCACAACAUUACGGUUAACAGCGUUGAAUAAAAAAGAAAAAUAUUCAGUUUGUCUGUGUUAUUAUCAGACAAAUUCUACUGAACAAACACCUGACUUUCUUUUAUGUCAAGAUAUUAUUAAUGAUUAUUCGAAAUUUGGACAUCCCAAAUCAAACCAUCAUAAUGAGUUGUUUUUUAUCGUUACUCAAUAUUCCAUUAUAAUCGCACUUCUAAUUGCUCUGCAAGGCGUGUAUACAAUGAGAAAAAGACGUAUUACACACAUAUUACAUCAACAUUUAACGCAAAAAGCUCAUAUGUUUCGUCAUACAAUAUCGUCAAUUAGUCUCGGUCGUCAAUCAUUUUCGUCGUUGGACACAGCCGCAUCAGGAGCCGAUCAUCAACAUAAUCACCAUCGAAAUGGUAAUAACUCAUCAAGUAUACAUAAAGCAAGUCAUGCUCUUGAUGAAUUUUAUAAACUACAAAAUGUUUUACGUGAACCAACGAUAAACGAAGAACUCACACCGCCACCGGAUAUUGUUAUUAGCAAUGAUGAACCAGAGGAAACAGUUGAAAAAUCUGAUUUUAUUCGCGGUAGUAGCCCAGAUGAAAAUGAACCGUUUCUAAAACAUUACAGUAAAAAUUAUGUUCAUUUCCGAUUGGAUGAUGGCACAUCUGAUGCAUCAGAUGAAGAUAACGAAGAAAAGAAACUUGAACACCAUCCUCAUACAAAUUUCCUGCAUAGUAAGGAAGAGCGGAUACCAGCUGAAGAUAACGAAAAUACGAGUCCCUAUAAUGAACAAUCUGAUGCUGUACAGUGUAUGAAACAUAUAUUAGAUACUGCUAAACUAUGGACAACGGCAAAGAUUCCAACAAUAUCUGAAAAGUUAUAG